AUGGAUAAGAAAUCGAAAUUAUUCAAAUAUCCUUUGAGUGAGGAGACGGCCAAAUUUGAAUACAAAUUAUCCAACCCAAAUGGAAAGAUAUCUGAUAUUUGGUUACAUAAAGAGUAUCAAAAACUAUCACUAUCAACGAUAGAUAAAGUAUCUCAACAACCUUCUGCGGUGACGGCACCACCAACCCAUCCACAUCGAGAGAAUAAUCGGAAACGAAAUGCUGGUGACGAUGAUAUCUAUGAUCAAAAAAGUUUACCUUCAUGUGAUGACACAGCUUCAUCAGAUACAGAUUGUCAAAGUCAAGUGUCAUCAACUGCUCAUUUGCACUCAUAUCGAACAAAUGGAUUAGUUCACCCACCUCCGAAAAGAAGAUUAACUGCACCUAACGAAACGUCUUUAGCAAGUGCAGGAGUGGGUGCUAAAGACGUUUCUUUUCAAAUCGAAUCUCCUGGUAGUAUAUCUGCUGUCACCACAAAUAACUCAAAUACAACUUCUGGUGGUGUCAACAAUUCAACUUCUUUUUCUGACCAACAUUCACGACAUCCAAGAACUCCUAAUGCUAUGAAUUCUCCUAGUCAUACCCCAAUAUCUGAUAUUGAAGAAGAUCCUAUUCAACAAUUACCGUUACCUUCACCUAGUGCAUCACCUAUUCAACUGGAUACCGAAAAUGAACAUGUAACCACACCAGAUUCCUUACAGGGGAAAGUAAAUCUUGACACUAUAGAAAAUAUAAUGAGUAAUGAACCUAGUACUCAAUUUGAACUUGUUGAUUUAGUUGAGAAAUUAUCGGGAUUUUUGAGUGAAACAAAUCGAAAUCAUCUUGUAUUUAAGUUAUUACAAACCACUACUCGUUCAACUUUGAGUACUUUUAAUGGUUUGAUAUAUGAUUCUUUGAAACGAGAUAUUUUGAGUAAUGUACCUUUUGAAGUAACCAUGAAAAUAUUAUCUUAUCUUGAUUAUAAGACAUUAUUAUCAUUAUCACAAGUGUGUAAAAAAUGGUUUGAAAUUAUUAAUAAUCCUGAUAUUUGGAUUAAAUUAUUGAAAAAAGAUAAAUUAAUUACUGAUGAUGGUGUAAUUGAAUAUGAAUUACAAAAUUCUCAUCAAAAAUUAUUACAAGAAUGGUCUACAUUAUCAGAAAUUAAUUCUGCUCAAAUUUUAUAUAAAAAAAGAAAAAUAAUUAUUAAUAGAUGGAUGGAUUCAAAUUAUAAACCUCAAAGAAUUAGUGUAUCAGGACAUGGGAAUAAAGUUGUUACAUGUUUACAACAUGAUGAUGAAAAAAUUGUUACUGGAGUUGAUGAUAAAUGUAUACUAAUAUAUAGUACUCAAACUGGACAAUUAAUGAGAGUUUUAGAAGGUCAUGAAGGAGGUGUAUGGGCAUUAAAAUAUACUGGGGAUACUUUGGUGACUGGUUCAACUGAUCGUACCGUACGAGUAUGGAAUAUGAAAACAGGUCAAUGUACUCAUAUUUUUAGAGGUCAUACUUCAACAAUUAGAUGUUUAGAUAUAAUUCAUCCUACAAUUAUAGGAAAAAAUCAAAAUGGAGAAGAUAUUAUAUUCCCUGAAUAUCCAUUAUUGAUUACAGGGUCUCGUGAUCAUAAUAUUCAUGUUUGGAAAUUACCAUUAGUAAAUGAAUUGGAAAAUAUUUCUGAAACAUUUGAUGGUGAAUUUGAUAAUCCUUAUUUGAUUGCAGUAUUAUCUGGUCAUACUCAAUCGGUACGUUCAAUUUCUGGAUAUGGGAAUAUUAUAAUUUCAGGAUCUUAUGAUUCUACUGUUAGAGUAUGGGAUUUAUUAGAUAAUGGUCAUUGUAAACAUGUUUUACAAGGACAUCAAGAUAGAGUAUAUUCUACAGCAAUGGAUUUCCAAUCGAAAACAUGUUUUUCAGGAUCAAUGGAUUCUAAUAUUAAUGUUUGGAAUUUUGAAACUGGUGAAUUAAAACAAGUAUUAAUAGGACAUUCUUCAUUAGUUGGUUUAUUAGAUUUAGUUGAUGAUGUUUUAGUUAGUGCUGCAGCUGAUGCAACAUUAAGAAUUUGGAAUCCUAAAACUGGUGAAUUAAAAAGUAAAUUAAAGGGACAUGGAGCUGCUAUUACAUGUUUUGAACAUGAUGGAUUACGAGUUGUUAGUGGGAGUGAAAAAAUGUUGAAAUUAUGGGAUGUUGAACGAGGAACUUUUGCUCGAGAUUUAUUAAAUGAUGUAACUGGUGGUAUAUGGCAAGUUAGAUUUGAUUAUAAAAGAUGUGUGGCAGCAGUUCAAAGAAUUAUUAAUGAAGAAGAAGGUGAAACGUUUAUUGAAAUUCUAGAUUUUAGUCAACCACUUAUAAAAUGA